GUCAAACGUAACAUAAAUUAAAGAGUUCACAACGCUCUUGCUUGGGCGUUGGGUGGGGGCUUUUACCUCUCUACUCUGUUGUUCUUCGUUCCCCGUUUUCCCUCUUCUUAUCCCCCGUUCACAAAUUCUUCUCGCCCACACAAACAGAAACCUCUCACAGAUCAACAGUGUCUAUAAACCACAAUUAAACCCCCGAAUCUGCAGAUUUUUCAGUGUGAGGAACAGAAAGAGGAGCUUUGGCAAUCAGUUUUCUUGGGCGGGCUAGGAGGAGGAGGAGGAGGAGCCCGGAGGCUAUGCGACUUUGCUGGUGGGAGCUGCAGCGGUUACGGCGGGGCGGUCCAUCCAAUGUGGCGGGGCAAUCAGGUCUUUGAUGGCCGUUCUGCAAAUGACUUGGCAGCCAAGCCUUCUCAAACACAAGCGAAAAUCAUGUCCUCCCGUAGGACUCAGAAACCUUGGCAAUACCUGUUAUCUCAAUUCCGUCCUCCAGUGCCUCACCUACACCCCUCCACUCGCUAAUUUCUGUCUCCAAUCCUUUCAUUCCACCUCGUGUGAUGCGGCGCGUGAGAAGAAGAGCGACUGUCCAUUUUGUAUUUUAGAAAAGCGAAUUGUACGGUCUUUGAGUUCAGAUUUGACAUUGGACAGUCCCUUAAAGAUUAGUAGCUGUUUGAGAAUUUUCGCACAGCAUUUUAGAAUUGGGAUGCAGGAGGAUGCCCAUGAGUUUUUGCGGUAUGUGAUAGACGCCUGUCAUAACACAUGUUUGCGUUUGAAGAAGUUGCAACGGCAGAGAAAGAAGGCUGGGAUUAGGAGUGCUGUAGGUGGGGAUGAGAAUGAGAGUACUAUAGUUCAGCAAAUUUUUGGAGGUGCUUUGCAGAACCAGGUCAAAUGCCUGUCAUGCGGAGCUGAGUCAAAUAAGGUUGAUGAGAUCAUGGAUAUUAGUCUUGAUGUUUUGCACAGUAGUUCUCUGAAAGAUUCUCUACAGAAGUUCUUUGAACCAGAAAUUUUGGAUGGUAAUAAUAAGUACAAGUGUGAUAAGUGUAAUAAAUUGGUGGCAGCACGGAAACAGAUGUCAUUACUUCAAGCGCCAAACGUUCUUGUGAUUCAACUCAAGAGGUUUGAAGGUAUAUUUGGUGGUAAGGUUGACAAGCUUAUUAAUUUUGAGGAGGUUUUAGUGCUCUCAAGCUACUUAACUAAAGCAAACCAGGAUCCACAUCCUGAGUACAAGCUCUUCGGUACCAUUGUGCAUUCAGGAUUCUCACCAGAUUCAGGACAUUAUUAUGCAUACAUUAAGGAUGCAAUGGGCUGUUGGUACUGCUGUAAUGAUUCUUAUGUGUCACAUUCAAGCCUGCAAGAAGUUCUCUCUGAGAAGGUUUAUAUUUUGUUUUUCUCUCGAGCUAAACAUAGGCCCCCACCUGCCAAGAAAUGUUUGCCAUACAAUGGAACGAAUGGAUCCAAAAAUAAUGAAUCCAAUGGCAUCUGGAAAUCUGAAAUUUCUGACGUCCAUUUAGCAAAAGCUGGAAAUAAUAAGGAGUUUUCUGCUCACCAGCCAGAGAUGAAUAACUUAGCUUCUCAUGAAGUUCAUAAAGGUCCAAGCGUCUUUGAAAAAGUAAGCAUUAAAAAGUCACUCACUCCAGGAAAUAUUAAAAUUGUUGUCCAUCCACGAGAAUCUGGAAAUAUAAAUGGUGCUCAAAGGGGCUCGACUUAUAUACCUAAAGAGGCAAUGUCAUCAGCAGUUAGAAAUGGUUUUAGUAGAAAGAUUGCCAAUGGAAAGACAACAGGAUCACCUUCCUUAGCCAAUGGUAAUGGUUAUGUCCAGACUGUUACACCCGAUAUCUUAGAGGGUGGUCCCUGCAAAGACAAUGGUCAUGGUAAUGGUAAUGGUAAAGAGACUUCUGACAAAAAGGAGUUGGUCCAUGGUAAUGUGAAAAUCUUGUGUACUGACCCAAGUCAGAAGAGAAAACCACCAGAACCAUGUAAAGAGACUUGUGACAAAAAGGAGUUGGUCCAUGGUAAUGUGAAAAUCUUGUGUACUGACCCAAGUCAGAAGAGAAAAUCACCAGAACCAAGUAUCCUGCCAUCAGGAGAGUCUCACCUUUCAUUUAAACUGGAAGCAUUGAAAAAAGAACUGAUGAAAGAAGCUUCAUCUAUGCUGCGAUCAUGUGGUUGGACUGAAGAUGUCUAUGCUUUCAUGCACACCAAGAAAAAGAUGCGCAUAGGAGGCAGCAAUCAGACAUCAGAUUAUGAUGAGGAGAAGAAGUUGUUGAUCGAAGAUGCAAAAUCAACUUUUAGUUCAAAAGCUCCUGCAUCAUUGAUUAAGAGUAUUAUUGAACGCCUGAGAUCUUUUUACCAAGACAAACAAUACACAACCACUACAUGAGCACUUGAAUGGAAUGACGAGAUUGCACUUCCAUUUUACAUGUAGAGCAUAAUAGUCUCAUCAUUGGCAGUACGCAUGGCUGGGAAAUAGCUAGGGAUAGCGAAGGAGAUGGCAGUGAAAGGUGAAUUUUAAUUUGGUUAGCUCUUUUCUUUUAAUUACUUUGCUACUGAAUGAGUCAUAGCAGACAACAAAUGGCGAAAGUUUGUAAUGCUAAAAAUUGGUUCGUACUGUAUGAGGAAGCAUUAGGGUGGUGGACGGCAGAGUGAGAAGUAGUUCUGUGUAUUAUACCGUGAUUUAUAGUCUAGCAUACUGUUUUUUGACCUUAUAUCAGUUUUUCCAUAGAUUUAUUAUGCGGAUGUACUAAUGGAUCUAAAGUUGAGGUUAUUUGCUAGCUAAAAUAGUCAGAUUAAUGAAUUGUGUACUUGUAACUUCA